AUGAAGAUUAAAAAUGCGCACUAUAGAGGCGCGCAUGCGCACUGGGACGGGAAUGAGGUAAUAGAGGCUGUUGUUGGUAAAGCGCAUGCGCAGCGGCCUCUCCCAGCUCCGCUAGUUGGUACAGGCGAUAUGGAUGUGCAGGUGGCUCCUCUCCGACCCUGGGUGGAUUUCUUCCCUGGCAGCGACCGCUUCGCCUUACCCGACUUCAAAGACAUCUCCAAAUGGAACAACAGAGUGGUCAGCAACCUGCUCUAUUAUCAGACCAACUAUCUGGCCGUGGCAGCCGCUGUCAUCUGUCUGGUGGGAUUUUUUAACCCGUUUGGAAUGAUUCUGGGCGGCACCAUCGUAGUUCUGAUCUUCUUGGGCUUUGUCUGGAUGUCCCACAACAAGGAUUUCUUCCGCAAAUUUAAGAAGCAGUACCCCACGGUGUUUAUCCUGGCAAUCCUGAUCUCCAGUUACUUCAUCAUCUCUCUGUUUGGGGACGUCAUGGUGUUUGUGUUUGGAAUCACCUUCCCCAUGUUACUGAUGUUCAUCCACGCCUCUCUGAGACUUCGGAACUUGAAAAACAAGGUGGAGAACAAGAUGGAGGGCGUCGGACUAAAGAAGACCCCCAUGGGCAUUGUCCUCGAGGCGCUGGAACAGCAAGAAGAAAGCUUUGCUAAAAUCUCAGACUUCAUUAGCAAAGUCAAAGAGUAAAAAGGCUGUGCUUCGUUAAGCUUUCGAGUACGCUCGACAUGCCCCACAUGUCUGGCCAAAGAUAAAACGUUUCCUUGUCUUUAUCACAGAGUAUAGGUGGGGAACAUGGAGCAUUCCUGUUGCUGUAUAUUUCAUUUGCUUCUGGAAUGAAGCAGGUUCCCUAUCUUUUGGCUUAAAGUAUUAAGGGCAAAGUUUAUACUUUUCCUGUAACCCAUAAUAGCCAAUCCACACACAGCUUAUACUGCUUUUGUACAGUACAGGUAUGGGACCUGUUAUCCAGAAUGCUUGGGACCUGGGGUUUUCUGGAUAAUGGAUCUUUCUGUAAUUUGGAUCUCCAUACCAAAAGUCUACUAGAAAAUCAUGUUAACAUUAAAUAAACCCAAUAGG